UUAAUGAAGCCGGUGAAAUUAAUAAUGAAGUUAAUGAAGCCAGUGAAAUUAAUAAUAAAGUUAAUGAAGCCAGUAAAAUUAAUAAUAAAGUUAAUAAAAACAGCAUUGAAGUUAAUAAUGAAUUCGAUAAAAAUAAAAGCAAUAGUGAUAAUGAUAAUG